AUAACAUAUAACUUCUAUAAGAAUUUAUAAAAAAAAAUAUAUCUAAAUUAUGAAAUAUUUAAAUCAAAUUUUCAUAUUCAAAACAAAGAAUAUUAUUUUUGUUCAUAAUUCUUUGACGCCAGAAUAAAACCAUAUUAAUAAUGCAAAAAUUAUCCACAUUAGUCAUACUUUUCGUUUCAAUUAUUCUACAUUUCCAUUAUUAUUAUUAUGUAAAGAAAUUUUUAUUUUAAAUUAAAAAUUAUUUAAAAAAAUAAAUGAACACUUUCCACGUCUAAAAGUUUUUCAUUCAAUUAUUUAUUAUAUGCCAUUUUUUAUGUUAAGUUUUUUAUUUUGGAUAAAAAUACAGCAUCCAACCAAACUCCUCCUAACAUUUUUUUACAUAAUUUUUUUCACCAUAGGUGUCCAGCCCACUGAACCUCUAAUCUGAUUUUGGGAUCAGGUUUGACAUUAAAUAAUGGACAAAAUUUAGGUACAAUUCUUUAGGUGUAGUUCGUACUGUUUCUCAAUAAAAAUAUGACAAGUGUAUAAUUUUCUUUUACAUGUAUGCAAAUUUCUCCUAUUUUCACUCACUAAAUGAUAUUUAAGUAUAAUUGUCAUAUUUUCAUUGGAAAAAAGUAAGAACCAUACUUAAAGAAUUGUACAUAAAUUUUGUCCUUAAAUAAUUGGGGACAACUUCUCUACCCAUCAUAAAAAGAUGGGUAGUGUACAUUCCACCAAUCAGAUGACACCAUUUAAUUUUUAUGUAUUUAAUUAUUUAUCAUAUCGAACAAUUGUUUGAUGUUUUCAAUGCAUUUUACACUAAAGGUAACUUGACCCACCUUUUUGAGGUGGGUAAAUAAGAAUUCACCAUAAUUUUAAUUUUUCCCCAAUCGCAAUUGUGAGGAUGAAUCGUGGUCCUACCUACCAAAUUCAGCAUCAUUCGUCACUGGACGAACUAACCGUCUAUAAUUUAAAUUUGCACUAUUAGCAUCCUUGUAGGGAGGCAUCUCCGUAUAAUUACCAUGUGGUACAGGCCAAUUAGGAUAGGUUCGGUUAACUAUUUAUUGACCGUUGAUUUUACAAUAAAUCUUUCCAAUUUGCACUCAACAAGAAUCAGGAUAAAGAUGAAUAAAUCAUAAUAAAUGAACAAUAAUGAAGUGGAAAAACAACUUAGGAUUCUAAUUUAAUUUAGAGGGAACACGCAACACAAGACAUUAAGGUACUAACUAAUUAGAAGCAAAAGAAGUUUGAAGUCAAGGAUUAUGACAGACAGUUAAUGAAGAUGAGACAACAAAGAUAGACACAUUUUCUUGUUAACGCGUUUUCUCAUGAUCCCUCGUUGAACAGUCAUUGUGAAGUGAAGUGUGAACCUUUGAUUAUCUGUCUUAUUAUUCCCAAAGACUCUUUCAACUUCAAAUUGCUGCUUGUUUUUUCUCAUCUUUUUUGAGUAUUUCAACCCCUAAGGACCCACUUUCUUUAAUUUCAAUAUCUCUACAUUGACUCACUCAAGAAUCUAGACCUCUCAGUUUUUGAUAUUUCUCAUUUUUAGUUCCCAUGCAUAUAAGUUAACUACUGGUUUAUUAUCCUAAUUUUGCGUGGUUUAGGAACCAAUAGUAGAAGAUUGAGAUUUGCAGUUUAUGAAGUCAAGUCUUUGUCUUUAUUCAGAUAGGAGUUUAGUUAGUAACUUGAGCAUGAAGUUGGUCUCACUUCCCUAAAGGCCAAAAAUAUAGAUAUACUGUUAUUCAUGUGUUCCCACUUUCAUUUCCAUUCAUCUUCAAUUUCCACUUGGUGUAUGAAGCAUUUAAAGCUGGUGGUGUUAUUCAAUUGUGAAGACUGAAAAGUGUAAAGAAUAAGUUAGACAGACUUCAACUUAUUUUAGAAAAUUAUAUCCCUGACCUCUUUUGCACAUAAAGUUAGGAGAAUUAUUAAGGAUGAGUCUAGUUUAUGAAUUUAUGUUCCUAUUGUUUUCACACCUCGUGCCGCGUCUUGUGUUGGCGGGUGGAUAUGAGUACCAAGGAGAGUGUCCAGGUUCAUUUAGUUGUGGAUAUCUAGGCAAUAUCAGCUUCCCUUUCACUACAACUCAACGCCAAGACUGUGGCUUAUUGCCUAUCCAUUAUUGUCAUGAUGUUUCAAUGAAGCCCAAAAUGAUCCAGUUUCAGAAUAAAGGGAAACAACAGUGUGAGUUUGAGGUUGAAGUUGUAAGUCCUACUGAGUAUAACGGAGGUCAUGCUACUUCUAAUUGUGUUUUUAGAGACAAGAGUCUGCGCAAACUGCUGCAAAACCGAAGUUGUGAAGCUCUCAGAUAUAAUUACACUCUUCCUCUCACUCCUCACUUUGCUUUUCAUUUGGAAACUUACACAAGCUUGUUCAUGUGCAACCGUACCCUCCAUGUAAAUCCUCCAAAAUAUAUGCAUAAGUAUACAAACUGCCCCCUUUAUGAUGUCUACUACCAGCCUCACAUCUAUACUGAUAAAGAGUCUUGGAGGGCUUUUACAGCAUGUGCAAAUGUCCGACUUCCGAUUAAAGACCUCGCUGACUCUGACGACCCUUUUACUUUUGUAACUGCUGAUUUCCCAAUUCAAGUAAACAUAACAGAGGAAUGUGCAUAUUGUCACUAUAAACAAAGAGGACAGUGUCAACUUGACAGCUACGGGAGGUUUUUUUGUGCCAAUGCUAUGCGAAAGGGGCUGAGGCGGAAUGUUAAACUGGGUAUAGGUUUGGUUAUUGGAAUCCUGGGCAUCUUGUUCAUCGGGUUCAUGUUUCUCCUUCUACUCUACAAACGAAAACAUGCUAUCUCGGUUGGACACUUCCAAUCUAGUAACUCUUAUUCUGAUGCAUCCAUAAAUCGACGCAGAGAAAUUGGUAGUAAACACUUCGGAGUUCCAUUAUUCUCCUACGAUGAGCUUAGAAAAGCAACAAACAAUUUCGACCAUACUAAAGAACUUGGAGAUGGAGGCUUUGGUACUGUCUACUUAGGGAAACUUCCCGAUGGACGUGAAGUUGCUGUCAAACGUUUAUACGAACACAACUAUAGAAGAGUAGAACAGUUUAUGAAUGAAGUUAAUAUCCUGACAACAUUGCGACAUAAAAAUCUCGUGUCCCUCUAUGGCUGCACAUCACGGCACAGCCGGGAACUACUGCUUGUGUACGAAUAUAUCUCAAAUGGCACCAUCGCAAGUCAUCUCCAUGGUGAAUUGGCCAAGCCAAAUUUACUACCAUGGUCGAUCCGAAUAAAAAUUGCCAUAGAGACUGCUACUGCCUUGACUUAUCUCCAUGCUUCUGGUAUCAUCCACCGUGAUGUGAAAACCAGUAACAUACUCCUUGAUGACAAUUUUCGUGUUAAAGUUGCAGAUUUCGGUCUUUCAAGAUUAUUCCCUGAGGAUGCCACUCAUGUUUCCACAGCUCCACAAGGGACACCGGGUUACCUUGAUCCUGAGUAUCACCAAUUUUAUCAGCUUACUAGCAAGAGUGAUGUAUAUAGUUUCGGAGUCGUGCUCAUUGAGCUGAUAUCAUCUAAGCCCGCUGUUGAUAUUAACAGAAGUAGGGAAGAGAUUAACUUGUCAACUCUAGCAACAAAAAAGAUUCAAGAAAGUGCAAUUGAUGAGCUGGUAGAUCCUAGUCUUGGCUUUCAUUUAGACAAUGAGGUUAAUAGCAUGAUAGUUUCAGUGGCAGAAUUGGCAUUUCAAUGCUUGCAAAGGGACAAGGAGAUGAGACCUUCUAUGGAAGAAGUGUUAGAUGAACUUAGGAGAAUAGAGAGUGGGAAGGAUGUGGUUGAGGUUGUAGAGGAAGCAGAUGUAGAUGGUGUUGGAUCUUCACACAGUAAUGUAAAUCCACCACCAACCUCACCUGAAUGGGAUGAAGUUGGAUUAUUGAAGAAUAUGAAAAAUAUGAAGCACCCGUCUUCACCAAACACGGUCACUGAUAAAUGGGAAAGUAUUAGUACUACACCUAAUGCCAGUGCUUAAUCACUGUCUAGUAUCAAUUGUUGAUAAGUCAUUUUUACUGAAUCAACUAUAAGCAAUGAUUGUUAGUUGAAACAUGAAAAUGAGCGAGUAUAAUGUAUCAUUCUCGUCUCAUCCGUUUGUAUAGAUGAUUAUUUUAAGAGACAUUGCAGUCAGACAAAGAGUUGAGAUGGGGGUACAUGUAAAUAUUAUAAAAAGAGGUACAGAAAUAAGACACAAAAAGGGAAAAUUUUUGGA